AUAAUACAGACGCUACCCAGCAAUAUAAACUUCCUUUUGAAUUUGGUAAAAAAGGUGGUGAUAAAAGAAUUUCAAAGGAAGUUGUUGAGUUAUUGAAAGGUUAUUUCCACAGCGGAAAUAUACCUGGUAAGUCACAUUUAUCAGCUGAAGAUAUAAUAAGAGAAUUACAUAUGGCUGCAGAAAUGGGACAUUUGGUAAAAGAAAAAAUACCACAGAAAGUUAAUACAAUUAGAGUGUGGAUCUCAAGAUAUUCAGCGCAUAUAAAGGCGAAAGCAGCAGAAAAAGCAUUAACUACCAGUGGUAAUUUUCAGUAA